CAGGAGGUGGCCACGCAAACUCCACGAGACGAGGGUCGAGGGAACGAAACCGACGCCGAGCCGUUGCUUCCCGGCUCGCAGCACCCGCGCUCCGGCUCGCCUUCCCUUCCCCAUGGCCGCCUCCCUCCCCUCCCCGCCCCUCCACGCGCGCCUCCUCCCGCUCCCCCUGCUCCGAAACCCUGGCUCCGCUCUCCCCGCGCGCGGCGCGCGGCGGGUCGCGAGGCCUCGGCCUCCGCGCCACCGCUGCCUCGCGAUGCCGCCGCCGUCGCGGAACGGGAGCUCCUCCUCGCCGGAGAUCGAGUGGUGCCCGGUGCCGCCGGAGCAGCGGCCGGUGAACGAGUACGAGGCGCUCGCGUCCUCCCUGCCCUUCUCCUGGGCGGCGGGGGACCUCCGCGUCUACUGCUCCCGCCUCGCGCUCACGGGCGCCGCCUUCGCGCUCUUCGUCGGGCUCCCCGUCGCCGCCUUCGGGGGCCGCGGUGGGGCUGGCGGCGACGCCGUGCACCUCGCGCUCGGGGCCACGGGGUCCGGGAUCCUCGCUGUCACGCUCGCCGUGGUGCGGAUGUACCUCGGGUGGGCAUACGUCGGCAACCGCCUGCUCAGCGCCACGGUGGAGUAUGAGGAGACGGGAUGGUAUGACGGACAGAUAUGGGUUAAAACUCCAGAAGUUCUAGCUAGAGAUCGGCUUCUAGGCUCAUUUUCUGUCAAGCCUGUGCUGAGCAGAGUGAAGUUUACUUUGGUGGGUCUGGCAGGCUCCCUGAUCCUCUGCAUUCUUCUAUACGUCAACACUGAGAACCCAAAGCAACCGUAUGAAAAUACGGGUGGGAGGGCAAUCCCUGGAGUGUACAGUGACACUGCUGCAAGGUCAUUUGAGCCGGAUGCAUUCUGUGGAGAACCUGAUCUGUCUUAGCAACGGAAAACGUGUAGCAUGGAAGAUUUUUAGAUGAUGGAAGAUAGUAUUACAGGUUCUUGCCUUUGUAAAGGGUGGAUGCAUCCAUUUCUGUUUGGAUUUUUCGAUCCAUCAGGGUAAUGUAAAUAUUUGACCAUACGUAGUACUGAUACAUUUAGACACAACUUGUGAAAAAUUACGGUGCUUGGCCCAAAAUUCAAGGGCUAAAUUGUGCUUGGAUUGACUGAAAUUUUGUUCUUCCGGGUCAAUGCUCUCGUGAAGCGAAGCUUCCUGCUAACGGGCAUGGCCUGGAAGCUGCAGAACAUCAGAAAUAUACCAGGACAAAUGCCAAUUGUUGCUUC